UUCUCUUGUGCAGUUGCUCGUUUAUUUACCAAACUUGGCAGCAGCUCCAGUUUGUUAGUAAAUAAAAUAUAACAAAAAAUACAAUUUUUGAAUUCAAUUUCGGUGUUAUUGUUAUUGUUUAUUUGUAAUUUGUUGCGAAUGAAGUCCGAUUGGUGUUAAAACCGCUCGGAAGUCAACAAAAUAUGGCAAAUAAUUGCGUAAUUGUUUUCGAUCAAAAUGAACACGGCACCUAUUUUACCGGGCAAACUGUGACGGGUAAAGUUAUCGUAACGUUGAGUAAAGCGAGAAAAUUGAAAGGUAUAAAACUUGAAAUAUGUGGAUAUGCUUUAGCACAAUGGAAGAUGAAACAUGGCAAAAGAAUAGAUGAUGCCAAAGUGAAACCAGGUCGAAAACACGUCUAUUAUGGACGUGAAGAUUAUAUAGCUUCGACCACAUUUUUAGUGGGUUCAAAUGAAGGUAAUAGCAUGCAAAUUGAACCAGGCAUAUAUACAUAUAAGUUUGCUUGUCCAAUACCUCCAAAUUGUCCUUCUUCUUACGAGGGAAGCUAUGGUCAUAUACGUUAUGUAGCAAAAGUAACAUUUGUGCGUUCAGGUUCUACAAAUCGUACACAUACAGUGGGCUUUACAGUAUUAAAAUUAUUGGAUCUAAACAAAGAAAGCAAACUGCUAUUGGAACCAGCAAGCAAUGAGGCACUGGAGAAUUUCUGUUUUUUUGGCAGCACAGCAGUACAUUUGAAUGUGGAUCUCAUGCAAACUGGUUACGUGCCUGGGCAAAUGAUACUAGUCUGUGCCAAAGUCAACAAUGAAUCACAGGUUGAUUGUAAAAAGCUACUGAUUGCUUUAAAUUUACGCGCUACCUAUGUAUCAGAUACACCCAGUAUACGAAGUACAUCGGAAACAAUAUGUUUAAUAAAGAAAUAUUGUGGUGCCGUGCCUCGGAAUCUGAAGCGCACAUUUACUGAAACGAUACGUGUACCAGCUACCCCACCAACAUGUGAGCACCUCAGCAAAGUGGUGAAGGUGUCUUAUGAAAUUUGUGUUGUGGCUGUUAUGAAUCAUUUUAUGUAUAAUCCCAAAACUAUUAUUCCCAUUACUAUCGGUAAUAUACCACUGACAAACGCAGUAAAUGUUUUGAAUGUCGAUGAUAUUCCCACAACAUCCUCGUGUGCCAUGCAAAUUGCUGAAGGCAGAUCGCAUGAGCUGUUAAAUGGCAAUAUCGACAUAGCAACUGAAGAUGAUGAUGAUGAAGAGGAAGAAGGUGAAAUGGAAUUGCCACCACCCACAUAUGAAGAAGCUAUGUUUAUGAGUACAGAAAUUGUUAAUAAUGAUGCCGAUACUGAAGCUGAUGCUGUACGUUUUACACCUCGUUACCCUGUCUACGAUGUAGACAAUAUGUUAGUGGCAAAUGCCACAAACCAAACUCCUGCACCAAAUGCACCGGUUAAGCGUCGUCGAAAAAAGAAGAAGAGCCCCCAACCACCACAGGAAAUUCAAAAAGAAAAGCCACCUAUUGAGUCACCAAUAGAAAUUUAAUAUAACCAUGUAUUUUUUCGAUGAAAAUUCAUAUAAAUCACUUUGUUAUAUAAUAGUGAAAAUUGUAAGUAACUAAUGUCUAUUAAAAUUUAAUAUUUAUUCGCUACUAAAUUAUAAAAAUAUUUACA